UUGUACCGCCUUAGGGGCGCGGCUUUCAAUUUAAAGUAGUAAUAGGGCGUGGUUUGUAGUCGGGCGGGGCUGAGGACAGGAGCUGUGAAGGAGACCAGGCCGCGCUCUUGCUGACCUUAGUGUGAACGCGCUGCUAGCAUGGCUCUGCUCAGAGGUGUUUUUAUUGUUGCGGCCAAAAGAACUCCGUUUGGCACUUACGGCGGAGCGCUAAAAGACCACACUGCAACAGACUUGGGGGAAAUAGCCGCAAGAGCUGCUCUGGCUGCUGGGAAUGUGGCUCCGGACACCGUGGACAGUGUUGUAUUCGGCAAUGUGGCUCAGACAGCCACCGACGCCAUAUACCUGACCCGACAUGUCGCCCUCCGCUCAGGAAUCCCUGUACCUGUCCCAGCUCUGACGGUCAACAGGCUUUGUGGUUCUGGUUUCCAGUCCAUUGUCAAUGGGUGUCAGGAAAUUGCCCUAAGGGAGUCAGAAAUCGUGUUGUGCGGAGGAUCAGAGAGCAUGAGCCAAGCCCCAUAUGCCGUGCGCAACAUUCGCUUUGGUACCAAAUUGGGAGCCGAUAUUAAGAUGGAAGACACCCUGUGGGCCGGGCUCACAGACUCUAUGAUAAAGACCCCCAUGGCCAUCACAGCCGAGAAUCUGGCAGAAAAAUAUGGCAUCUCCAGAGAGGAUUGUGAUAAAUAUUCCUUCCAGACUCAGCAGAGGUGCAAAGCCGCUCAGGACGCUGGAUACUUUACCGCUGAGAUGGCUCCUAUUGAAUUGAAGUCAAAGAAAGGACCAAUUAAAAUGGAUCAGGAUGAACAUCCACGACCCCAGACAACCCUGGAACAGAUGGCAAAACUGCCCACGGUGUUCAAGAAGGAUGGUGUGGUGACUGCAGGGAAUGCAUCGGGAAUCUGUGAUGGAGCUGGAGCUGUCAUUCUAGCUAGUGAGGAAGCCACCACUAAACACAAGCUCACUCCACUGGCCAGGAUUGUAGCCUACCAUGCAAGCGGAUGUGAACCCAAGAUCAUGGGCAUUGGUCCUGUCCCUGCCGUUACUGAAGCAUUAAAGAAGGCCGGCCUGACCGUGAAGGACAUGGAUUUGGUGGAGGUGAAUGAGGCUUUUGCUGCUCAGUACUUAUCAGUGGAGAAAGCCUUAGGCCUGGACCGUACGAAGACAAACGUCAAUGGUGGCGCCAUCGCCCUAGGACACCCCCUGGCCGCCUCCGGAUCCCGAAUCAUCGCUCAUCUGACUCAUGAGCUCAGACGUCGCGGUGGUAAAUACGCAGUGGGAUCGGCCUGUAUCGGCGGAGGUCAGGGUAUCGCUAUCGUCCUGGAGAAUCUUGCAUAACUUCUGCACCGCUGCCCUGAAUGAACAGUGUGAAUGAUCUAAUAUGAGAACUAUUCUAGAAUAAUACAUCCCUGACGUGCCUGGUGAUCGAGCCAUAUAUCAAGCUAAAAUCCUAUAGGACUAGACCGUCAGCUCCUUUCUUUACUCUCUGCGCCCCAGUAAUACAACCUGUGCCCAGUAAUACAGUUUACCUAUCGGUAUGCGCUUCCUGGAGCCUGCAGAGCUGUACUUCAGUGUAUUUUCAUUUUGUAACUCUAGGUGUCGCUGUUUGUAAAGGGAAAUGCAGGCAAAUGAGCACAGUGCUAUCCUGCUGCAACUACAACCCCCAGCAGGCUUGUAUACACCAGCGUGCGUUUGCUGCAUAUGUAUUUAUUUGAAUGUUUGAGUUAUUUAGUUAAAAGCAAAUUUUCUGAAAUAUGAUGGACAAUGGGGGAGAUUUAUCAAAGCCUGUCCAGAGAAAAAGUUGCUGAGUUGCCCAUAGCAACCAAUCAGAUCGCUUCUUUAAUUUUUAACAAGUCCUCCGCAAAAUGAAAGAAGCAAUCUAAUGGGCAACUCAACUUUUUCUCUGGACAGGUUUUGAUAAAUCUCCCCCCAAUGUUGCUUUAUUCCCUGGUGCCUUUGCUAAAGUUUUGACCAUACUUCUGUACCAUGGCAGAGGCGAUAAAGGAAUUUGGGUACUGUGGGG